AUGAGGCAUUCAUUGCAGUUCAAGGAAAUAUCAGAACAGUGCAAUGCAAUUGAAGUUACAAAUCGCAAGUUGAAUGACAUAUGGUAUGAUUUCCAAUCCUGUGUGAGUUUGGCAGGUUUAGAUGGUGAGAGACUUGACUACCUGGAAGGGAAGUUGAAGGAGUUGAAGCACAGUUUGCGUGAAUCUAGUUGGAAAUUUGACACACAGAACAAAAAUGAUGUAAUGGAGUUUUUUGUUGGCUCAAAAAUACCAGCUGAAGUGAUUGUUAAACCUCCCAUUGAAGGUAGAAACAAGGGGUGUGGACGGAGAAUUGUUGGUGAUUAUGAGAAAUCAAUUACUCAACGAAAGAAAAAGGUGCCAAGGCUGUGUAAUAUGUGCAAAAAAAUCGAUUUCCAUGACGCACGGACAUGCCUAUUAAAGAAAACAAUACAGCAGAGUGAUGUUUAA